CAGUUUCAUCCACUUUAAUUCACCUUUAUCAAAUCCCAAGAACUUCAAGCCAAAAACGUCAUAGUUGCUGUAUGGAACCGUCUGGCAGGAAAUGCAUCCCGUCUAGGUGGUGACUAUCGGGAAUCGCGUUCCAGGACAUUGACCUCAGCAUGAAGUUUCACUCCUAGUAAUUCCCCAGUAAUCUUCCUGAACCAAGAAACUUUGUGAGUCGAGUUUAAAUUAUCUCAGGACUGAGUUCUACAGCAGGAUUUCCUCCUUUUACCACUCCGGGGAUUUCUCACAAGCGCACGUCUCUUCCUCAUUUUCAUUAAUCACCAUGGUCCGUAACAUAUCAGCUCGAGUCUUUCUGAUCCGUCAUGGUGAAACAUCUUGGUCUGUUGGCGGCAAGCACGCGAGCUUUACGGAUGUGCCCAUGUCCAGAGAAGGCGAGCGUCAGGUUGAAGAGACUCGAGAUUGCUACAUAGGAAGAAACAAACUGAUUGAUCCAGAGAACGUGGUCAGGAUCUACGUAUGCCCACAGCAACGAACCAAACGGACUGUCGAGAUCCUUGAGCUGGGCGUCCAGAGUCAACAAAACUUUCUCGACCGGGAUGAUCAAAGCAAGACAGUUAGCCCACUGACGGGAUCUCAAGGCGCCUCCUCAGAGCCUAUGAUCCAGGCUACGUCGUGGCUCAAUGAAUGGAACUACGGGGAGUACGAAGGACUGUCACUGGCAGAGAUCUCUGCGCGUCGACCUCAGAGUCCGGACUGGGUUAUCUGGAAAGAUGGCUGUCCGGGAGGGGAGGCCCCCGAACAAAUCACAACCCGCCUAGACGAACUCAUAGCAGAGAUCCGCCAGAACAUCGAGAAGAGCGUGACCGAAUGGCCCGGCGGACUGCAAAUUUCCCACGCGACGCGAUCGGCCCGUGAUAUUGUCUGUGUUGGUCAUGGGCAUAUUCUGGCUGCGCUGGCCUUGCGAUGGGUGGGUAUGCCGUUGGAUCAUGGUAUGAGGUUGUUGAUGGAGCCAUCGAGUGUGGCUGUUUUGUCAUUUGAGAACGAUGACUUGGGUAGACCUGCUAUUUCAUUGGGACGGAGGAUGAUGAGAUAGGGUGCUUCUAGGAGAAGGAGCAAAAUGGAGUAUGCGGUCUAGGUAGGAGAUGGAGACUGAUAGGCAAGACAGGUUUAGACCAGUCAAUUAGGACUCAUUAUCCGUCCUAUUAGCAUUGAGCUUG